ACUGUGCAGGAGGGCUGGACUGCAGUCUGUCGGCUACUGUCGCUUACAUUGCAGGUGUUUGCAUUGCUGUGUGGUUAAUGGAGAAGGCUGGCUACUGUAGUGUUUUCCACUUUUUAAAGUGGAAUGAUAGUUUGGAGCUUUUUGAGAGCUAAUGGACCAACAAGAGGACUUGGCUUUCAAAAGACAAACUUUUCAAUACCUAAAACUUGACGUGGGCUGGAUCAGUCAUGAAGGAAUAUGUGAUUAGUUUGCUCAGAUAUUUAAACUGCAGGAUAUGAUCCUUUAAUGUCAAGACUGAACAGAAGCUACUUGGUCUUGUUAUCAUUUGUGGACAUUUUGAUGAUCAGGCUUUGUUGAUCCUCGAUCACUGAUCAUGGUUGGUGGAAGAGCUACAGAUGUGGCCCCAACAGCUGCUGUCAAGAUCUUUUCGGCUGGAACAGCUGGCUGUGUGGCCGACCUGGUCACUUUCCCCCUGGACACUGCCAAAGUCAGACUGCAGCAGGCUGCAGCCCCUUCACUGAAUAGUAGGGAUAACUUAACACAAAUGAGUGCAUGUUGCUACACGUCAACCCUGGAGUGUAACACUUAUGACAAAAACAAACUGAUUCAGGGUGAAUCCAAACCCGCAGUGGACGGCCAGAGGGCGAGAUACCGAGGUGUGUUUGGCACCAUCUUCACCAUGGUGAAGACUGAGGGCCCGAGGAGUCUGUACAGCGGAUUGGUGGCAGGACUGCACAGACAGAUGAGUUUCGCGUCAGUCCGCAUCGGCCUGUAUGACACCAUGAAGCAGUUCUACACCAGAGGCUCAGAAAACGUAGGAAUCGGGGCUCGGCUGCUGGCGGGCUGCACCACGGGGGCGAUGGCGGUGAGCUUCGCCCAGCCCACCGAUGUGGUGAAAGUCAGAUUUCAGGCUCAGGUCUGCUUCCCUCAGAGUGGCUCUGUGAAGAGGUACAACAGCACGAUCGAUGCCUACAAGACCAUAGCCAGGGAGGAGGGCAUUAAAGGACUCUGGAAAGGGUGCCUGCCAAACAUCGCUCGCAAUUCCAUCGUUAACUGCUCUGAGCUGGUGACCUAUGAUAUCAUCAAAGAGCUCAUCCUGAAGUACGACCUGAUGUCAGACAACAUGCCGUGUCACUUCACAGCAGCCUUUGCAGCAGGUUUCUGCACCACCAUUGUGGCUUCUCCAGUGGAUGUGGUGAAAACACGUUACAUGAAUUCAGUGCCGGGGCAGUACAGCGGUGCAAUUAACUGUGCCCUAACCAUGCUGGUCAAAGAGGGACCCACAGCCUUCUAUAAGGGAUUUAUGCCCUCGUUUCUCCGUCUGGGUUCCUGGAACAUUGUGAUGUUUGUCAGCUACGAGCAGAUUAAGAGAGCUUUGGUAAUAUUUCAGAACAGAUCUGUCUGACAGCAGGAGUGUGUAUCAAACAGUGUUAUUAUGACUGUGGCUGCUCCGGACUUGUUCCUCACACACUUCUUAUUGAAGAGGCUGAUUCACGGUGAAAUGUUGCUGUCUUGCUCACAUUAUUCAUUUGUUUCUGAUGUUUUAAAAAGACGUUUUGAUGUUGAAGUAGGAAAAGCACAUGUGUGAACACUAACUUUAAUGGGGCUACAUUUUCUGAAACUUCAGUGUCAGGGUCCUGGAAUAAUGCAAAAAAGUUGACAUGACUUACUGAGAGACUUGAAUAUCCACCAUUUAUGUUUUUAGUUUCCCUACAAUCAGUGGGGAUGUCAGCUUUUCCUUUUCAGAGUUAUUUAACCUGUUUGGGCUUUCUAGAUAAUUUGUCUUGUUUGGGUUCCUGUCUGGUUUCAGGUGAAACUCUUUGGUUUUUAUGGAAAAUGUAAAAGCAAAUGCAGUCUUUCAUGUAAAUGUUUACAAAUUAACGGUUAUUUUCAUUUUGGAUGAAUCUUCUGAUUGCUCAUACAUUCAGUACUCAUCAACUCUUCAUCAAUUUCCAGCCAACACUCUAAAUUUAGUGUCGUAUAAACAUAUAUCACAGCAAGAGGGUUCUAGGUUUGAAUCCCGGUCUGGGCCCUUCUGUGUGGAGUUUGCAUGUUCUCCCUGUGCCUGCGUGGGUUUUCUCCAGGUACUCCGGCUUCCUCCCACAAUCCCAAAAACAUACACAUUAGGCUAACUGUCUGCCUUACAUUGACCCUUGGUGUGGGUGUGUGGUUGUCUGUCGUUGUGUGUCUGCCCUGUGAUUGACUGGCGGCCAGUCCAGGGUGUACCCCGCCUUUCGCCCGUAGUCAGCUGGGAUCGGCUCCAGCCCCCCUGUGACCCUGACGGGUAAGCGGUAUAAAAGAUGGAUGGAUGGAAUUUCCUGUUAGUUGACUAGUUGAUUAAUCAGUUCGUUGUCCUCAGGAAUUAACCAAAGUUGCUAAAAGUACCUCAAGUGUACCUCGUACUGUGCAAUCUAUGCAUGUUACAGAUUAAAUAGAUAUUUAAAGGUUAACCUAAUAUCAGUGUAUCACGUGCCUCUGUGGAUCACACAGACACUUUACGCACAAAUGAAAUAGAAUAAACCGCUGGUACUGGCUGUUGUAAAAGUCUGUUUUCAACAGCCAGCACUGGCCCGCAUUAGUACAUGAUGGACCCCUUCAAGUGUCACCUCAUACCUGUUCUCAGUGUGAGGAUGUGGUCUGCUGUUACCUGUGGUCUAAAUGCUCUUGUAUCGUUUCUAUUUAACCUGUUCUUAAUGUACUUAAUAUUAUUUAUUUUCUAAGUGCUUUUACUUAUCUGGACUUAUUUCUGUUCCUGUGCUGCUUUAACACACAUUUUUCCCUCCUGUGGGAUUAUUAAAGGAUUAUCUUAUAGGAGCUCA